AUGAGGCAGUGCGGGCGCGGGCACGCGGCGGCCGCGUAUCGAUUCCGCGCCUUCAGUCGGCGUCCGUCGAGCGCCGCGCUGCGCCGAGUCGCCGGCGAGCGGGCGUCGCCCCCCGACCCCGGGCCCCGCACGUCCCGCGCCGCGCCGCGCAGCCAGCCUCGCCUCCACGCCGGCAAACUCGAACGACCUCUUUCCGCUAACUAA